ACAAGAAUCCCGACUACCGGUCUAUGUUGGAAGAGAUAAUUUUAUAACUAGAGAUUAUCCAAGAAAAUCUACAAAAUAUGAAAGAAGUGAGCUGUUGUGGCUGGCUGCAACCUUUUCAACUAGGCAAGUUAAAAAGGCUACAUCCAAGAGAGAUCGCAAGAGAGAAGAGAAAAAUCUUACUAGUUCUAGUUCAUCAGAAGCAAGUCCCCCCAAGCAACGGUAACUGAACAAGUUCAAAUAGAAAUAUGACCAACGGUCAUCUUGAUCUUAAAGGAAAUAAUAAAAUAAACUAAGUUGACAAGACAAUGACCAGAAGGGCAAAAGGCUAAACGAUGCCGUUUUAUAAGUUCAAAAUACACCAAUGAAACGAUGUCGUAAAAAGAAAGGGCGCGAAGAGAUUGAUUACAACCAGGAAAACACACUUUCUUUUCGAUUAAGAGAGAAUUAGGGCUGCUGAUUGAUUUUCCUUUUGUUACAUCUAUCCUUACCUAAUUAGUAGCGAUGGAAUCGGUUAAUGAAGGAUUGAUGGAAUCGGUUAAUGAAGGAUUGAUCGAAUCGGUUGAUGAAGGAUCGAUGGAGUCGGUUAAUGAAGGAUCUCCGGAGGAACUCGAUUCGAAGGAAUUGGAGAUGUUCACCACUAACUUGCGGUUUGAUGCACUUUUCACAUCGCCUCCAGAGGUACCCGACUGGGAGCGCUUCAUGAAGUUCACCAAUAACUUGGAUAAUGGACGCAGAACUCCAGAAAAAUUCAAGUGGAAUGACUUGAAGAUGUUCACCAAUAACUUCAGCGAGAAGGAUUUUAUUGACUGGACCCAAUUUUGCAAAGUUUACCGUGGAAGAACUCUGCAGGGUCAAGAGGUGACGGUGAAAAUUUGGGUUCCUCAAGAUGUCUACACUACUAUCGGGCGUGAAAAUGUUGUGAGAUUGCAGCAAGAAGUUAUUUUCUUGAGCCGCAUAGGGAUCAUCCUUAUUUGGUGAAGCUGAUUGGGUAUUGCUGUGAUGAUGAUGAUCAUAUCGGUGUUGUCUAUGAUCUUAAUUCUGUGGACACAGUGCACAAGCUCAUGAAACGGGAUUCUUUUACUUGGCAAACGAGGUUGAAUGUCGCUCUUAAAUUUGCAUCUGUGAUUGAGUUUUUACAUUCCCAUGAACCCAAGUACUUUGUUUGCAAUAUAGAUGCUGCUCAUGUAAUGCUUGAUCAGGAUUCCAAUCCU